AACCUCGAGCAGCAUGAAGAAGCGUUCGAUAUGACCAAAUACUUCUGCCCGUCCUACGUCAGGUCGCAAUCACAACGAUUGAAGCAUUACCUCAACUUUAUAAAGGAAAGCUUGUCGAUUUAUGCUCUUGAUGCGGACAUGACACUUGGUUGGGAUGUCCCUGAGGGGCUGGUAUAUCGAGAGCUCGUGAAGGAGUACUCUGGCUUCGACAUCGAUCCUGAGAUGGUCAAAGAGUCAGCGCUUGAAUUUCAGUACCUCCAGCUGAUGUGGUGUCUCGACCCGAAAAAUCGUACUAAAUUCGAGGCCUAUCAUCAGGAGAAAAUGGAUGCUGAGCAGAUUCAGAGCUUGUGAUAGCUUCAUGCCCAGUUGUUUCGAACACCCCGGACGAUCUUCACCUUGUUACUUCGUUCCCAUCCCUCCAACAUCAGAAAUACUCACACCUAUACCGCCAGCCUCCGGUAACUCCGGUGCACCUCAGUCGGUCUCCGUUGACACGGACAGCAAUCCUUCACCGACCGAAUCCGUCCACUCUCCCAGUCCAGUCAUCCAAGAGCCAGCUCUACUUUCCACUUCUUCAAUUGCAGGAUAUUUACCGUCCUCACCGUGACUACCAUCCACUCCAUCGGCCAACACCACUUCACACCAUAGACCGAGCUCAGAGUCGGCCUUCAUAAGUCUUAUUGUACUUUUUUGGAUGACUUCGGCAUAUCUUGUAUUAUGUAUCACUAGUACCGUAUUCUCUUCUUCUGUCCUGUCGUGUGUGAAGUGAUGUAUGUAUUGCUGUCCUCGCUUUCUCUAUGCUCUCUCGCUUCG